AUGGAGGCAGAUGUAGAGAUGUCCCCGCCUAGGAGCCGAAGGAGUCGCUCAGUGGAACAGCGAUCCGAGGGAUGGCACCGCACCUACUAUCCAUCGUGGGGCGAACCACACACUGUCGGGUACUAUCCCGUACCUAGGGGUCGGUCUUCACCACCUUCCCGUGACCGUCCACUGUCCUCGGGUCCGAGAUACGCAUCCUCGAUACCUCCUCGGGAUGAAAGUAGCCGGUCCGUCUCUCCAAUGGAGUCCUCGUCUUCAGUCCCUCCAUAUUAUGGUGCAGACUCCGACAACUCGGAGGUCAAUUCAACCUCUCCAGACAUCGCUGUGACCUCCCAGGAUUAUUUCCUGAUGCUUGAUGAGCCUAUGAACAAUAUCACGACUACUCUUGGCCAGACAGCAGAACUGCAUUGUAAAGUUUCUGGUAACCCUUCUCCCACUGUUCGUUGGCUGAAAAAUGAUGCUCCUGUUGUGCAAGAACCCAGAAGGAUAUCUUUCCGGGCAACAAGCUAUGGCUCUCGACUACGAAUAAGGAACCUUGAUACUACAGACACCGGCUACUUUCAGUGUGUAGCAACAAAUGGCAGGAAGACUGUUUCUACAACUGGAGUACUGUUCGUGAAAUUUGGUCCUCCACCAACAGCAAGUCCAGGCACAUCUGAUGAAUAUGAAGAAGAUGGAUUUUGUCAGCCAUACAGAGGAAUAGCAUGUGCAAGGUUUAUUGGAAACCGAACCAUUUACAUGGAGUCUCUGCAUAUGCAGGGUGAAAUAGAAAAUCAAAUUACUGCUGCCUUCACUAUGAUAGGAACCUCCAGUCACCUAUCUGAUAAGUGUUCCCAGUUUGCUAUUCCUUCCCUGUGCCAUUAUGCAUUUCCAUACUGUGAUGAGACUUCUUCCGUUGCAAAGCCACGGGACCUGUGCCGUGAUGAGUGUGAAAUUCUGGAAAAUGUCCUCUGCCAAACUGAGUAUAUCUUUGCAAGAUCCAAUCCUAUGAUUCUGAUGCGCUUAAAACUGCCUAACUGUGAAGAUCUACCACAGCCUGAUAGUCCUGAGGCUAUAAACUGUAUCCGCAUUGGCAUCCCUAUGGCAGAUCCAAUCAAUAAGAAUCACAAAUGUUACAACAGCACAGGAGGAGACUACCGAGGGACUAUGAGUGUCACAAAAUCCGGUCGGCAGUGCCAACCAUGGAAUUCUCAAUAUCCACACACACACACCUUCACUGCCAUCAGAUAUCCAGAGCUAAAUGGUGGCCAUUCAUACUGCCGUAAUCCAGGGAAUCAGAAAGAAGCUCCAUGGUGCUUCACCUUAGAUGAAAAUUUUAAAUCGGAGCUUUGUGACAUUCCAGCUUGUGACACAAAGGAUUCCAAGGAAAAUAACAAAAUGGAAAUCAUCUAUAUAUUGGUGCCAAGUGUUACAAUUCCCUUGGCUGUCGCCUUACUGUUUUUCUUCAUCUGUAUUUGCCGAAACAACCAGAAGUCGUCUUCUCCUCCAGUACAACGACAACCUAAGCAUGUCAGAGGGCAAAAUGUAGAAAUGUCAAUGCUAAAUGCAUACAAACAGAAGAGCAAAGCUAAAGAACUGCCUCUUUCUGCUGUCCGUUUUAUGGAAGAGUUAGGUGAAUGUGCUUUUGGCAAAAUCUACAAGGGACACCUCUAUCUCCCAGGCAUGGACCAUGCUCAGCUGGUUGCAAUAAAGACUCUAAAGGACUGCAACAAUCCACAACAGUGGGCAGAGUUCCAGCAAGAAGCUUCUUUGAUGGCAGAGUUGCAUCAUCACAACAUUGUUUGCCUUCUUGGGGUUGUGACUCAAGAACAGCCAGUCUGCAUGCUCUUUGAGUACAUGAACCAAGGGGACCUCCAUGAAUUUCUCAUUAUGCGUUCUCCACAUUCAGAUGUUGGGUGUAGCAGCGAUGAGGAUGGUACUGUAAAAUCCAGCUUAGAUCAUGGAGAUUUCCUGCACAUAGCAGUUCAGAUUGCCGCAGGGAUGGAAUACUUAACGAGUCAUUUUUUUGUCCAUAAGGAUCUUGCCGCUCGCAAUAUUUUAAUUGGGGAACAGCUCCAUGUGAAGAUUUCUGAUCUGGGAUUGUCAAGAGAGAUAUACUCAGCAGAUUAUUACAGAGUUCAAAGUAAAUCCCUUUUGCCUAUUCGUUGGAUGCCCCCAGAGGCAAUUUUGUAUGGCAAGUUCUCUUCUGAUUCAGACAUUUGGUCUUUUGGUGUUGUCCUGUGGGAGAUUUUCAGCUUUGGUCUCCAGCCCUACUAUGGAUUUAGCAACCAAGAAGUCAUAGACAUGGUACGAAAACGGCAACUUUUACCAUGUUCUGAAGACUGUCCUCCUAGAAUGUACAGUUUGAUGACAGAAUGCUGGCAUGAGCUACCAUCACGGAGACCAAGAUUUAAAGAUAUUCAUGCCAGGCUGCGCUCUUGGGAGGGGCUGUCAAGUCAUACUAGUUCCACUACGCCUUCUGGUGGAAAUGCUACAACUCAAACAACUUCUCUGAGUGCGAGCCCAGUUAGCAACCUGAGUAAUCCUAGGUACCCAAACUACAUGUUCCCAGCACAGGGUAUACCACAAGGCCAAAUUGCUGGGUUUAUUGGCCCACCAAUACCUCAAAACCAACGUUUUAUUCCUAUUAAUGGAUAUCCAAUUCCUCCUGGAUAUGCUGCUUUCCCAGCUGCCCAUUAUCAGCCUGCAGGUCCAGCACGGGUCAUUCAACACUGUCCUCCACCAAAGAGCCGAUCACCAAGCAGUGCAAGUGGCUCAACUAGCACUGGUCAUGUGACUAGUUUGCCAUCUUCAGGAUCUAAUCAGGAUGCAAAUAUUCCUUUGCUCUCUCAUAUGUCAAUGCCAAAUCAUCCAAGUGCGAUAAGUAUAACUGUUUUUGGAAACAAAACUCAAAAACCCUACAAAAAUGACUCCAAACAAGCAUCUUUAUUAGGAGAUUCCAAUAUCCAUGGACAUAAUGAGACUGUGAUUUCAGCAGAUAUGUAAUUAAAACAGAGCUUUGUAAAUAAAGCUAUUUACAAUGUGGACUAGAAUGUUUUAGAAGAGAUUUAUAUUCAAAUAUUUUAUUAGAGAUUCUUCUGGCUGUAUAAAGAGAUAUCUGCAGUAAGUAUCUUCUGUGAAGUUUAUUUGUGCCUAACAGGAUAAAGAGUUAUGAAAUGGAUUUUUUAAACAGUGCGGUUAACACUAAAUAUCUUGUGAGUACAUCUGUUUUGCAAACAUUAAGGGGGAAAUAUUUGUUUGAUUUUUUUAAAA